CCCCCCUCCGGAGUCAUGAGCCUGAGGAAGCAGCCGCAGAUGGGCUCGGAGCGCGACCUGCACUCGGCCGCCUCCUCCAUCAGCCUGCCCUCGGUCAAGAAGGCGCCCAAGAAGCGGCGGCUCUCCCUGCGCUCGCUCUUCCGCCGCCGCCGCGAGCCCAAGCGCAAGUCGCGCGACCUGGGCAGCGGCGGGGGCGUGGACGGCAUCGCCAGCAUCGAGAGCAUCCACUCGGAGAUGUGCAGCGACCGGGGCGGGGCCUCCGCCUCGGGCUCCGCCUCCUCCGGCCCCUCCUGCCCCGCCCCCGCGCCCGGCUCCGCCUCCUCCUCGUCCUCGUGCUCCGCCUCCUCCCGGGCGGGGGCGGAGCUGCUGGAGUGCCCGCUGUGCCUUCUGCGCCACUCGCGGGAGCGCUUCCCCGACAUCAUGACCUGCCACCACCGCUCCUGCGCCGACUGCCUGCGGCAGUACCUGCGCAUCGAGAUCUCCGAGAGCCGCGUCAACAUCAGCUGCCCCGAGUGCUCGGAGCGCUUCAACCCGCACGACAUCCGCAUGAUCCUGGGCGACCGCGCCCUCAUGGAGAAGUAUGAGGAGUUCAUGCUGCGCCGCUGGCUGGUGGCCGACCCCGACUGCCGCUGGUGCCCCGCCCCCGACUGCGGGUACGCAGUCAUCGCCUUCGGGUGCGCCAGCUGUCCCAAGAUCACCUGCGGCCGGGAGGGGUGUGGCACGGAGUUCUGCUACCACUGCAAGCAGCUGUGGCACCCCAACCAGACGUGCGACGCUGCCCGGCAACAGAGGGCCCAGAGCCUCCGCCUGAGGACCAUCCGCUCCUCCUCUCUGAGCUUCAGCCAGGAGAGCGGGGCUACAGCUGACGACAUCAAGCCGUGCCCGCGCUGCGCUGCCUACAUCAUCAAGAUGAACGACGGCAGCUGCAACCACAUGACCUGCGCCGUGUGCGGCUGCGAGUUCUGCUGGCUCUGCAUGAAGGAGAUCUCCGACCUGCACUACCUGAGCCCGUCCGGGUGCACCUUCUGGGGGAAGAAGCCCUGGAGCCGCAAGAAGAAGAUUCUGUGGCAGCUGGGCACGCUGGUGGGCGCCCCCGUGGGCAUCGCGCUGAUCGCCGGCAUCGCCGUCCCCGCCAUGAUCAUCGGCAUCCCCGUCUACGUGGGGAGGAAGAUUUAUAAUCGCUAUGAAGGAAAGGACAUCUCUAAGCACAAGAGGAACCUGGUGAUCGCGGGCGGGGUCACUCUGUCUGUGAUAGUCUCUCCCGUGGUGGCGGCGGUAACAGUCGGAAUCGGGGUGCCCAUCAUGUUGGCGUACGUGUACGGGGUGGUGCCCAUCUCCCUGUGCCGCAGCGGGGGCUGCGGCGUGUCGGCGGGCAACGGCAAGGGCGUGCGCAUCGAGUUCGACGAGGAGAACGACAUGAACCCCGGGAGCGGGGCGGCAGCCACCGACACCACGUCGGUGGCGGAGACGCGGAACAACCCGAGCAUCGGCGAGGGCAGCGUGGGCGGGCUGACGGGCAGCCUGAGUGCCAGCGGCAGCCACAUGGACCGCAUCGGCGCCAUGCGCGACAACCUGAGCGACAACGCCAGCACCACGGCGCUCGCCGGCGCCAGCAUCACCGGCAGCCUGUGCGGCAGCGCCACCGUCAACUGCUACAACAGGCUGGAGGUGCAGGCGGACAUCCAGAAGGAGCGGUGCAGCCUGAGCGGGGAGUCAGGCACCGUCAGCCUGGGGACAAUCAGCGACAACGCAAGCACCAAAGCAAUGGCAGGGUCCAUCCUCAACUCCUACAUGCCCCUGGACAGGGACGGGAACAGCAUGGAGGUGCAGGUGGACAUCGAGUCGAAGCCCGGCAAGCUGCGGCACCACAGCGGGGGGAGCAGCGUGGACGACGGGCGGGGCGGGGGCGGGGCGGGGGGUGGGCCGUGCUGCCCCCCGGAGGCCGCCCGCUGCAGCUCUGCCCGCUGGGCCCGGGAGGGCUCCCAGGGCAAGAGGGGCAAAGGCAAGCAGCGCAAGAAGGGCGGCGGGCGGGCGGGCGAGGGGCGGGAGGACGCCGACGCCCGGCUGCUGGAGCGCCGCAGCACCGCCUCCAGCGGGCCCGACUCUCCCUCGCCCUCGCUCAGCGACAGCGUGGCCUCGGUGGCCGACUCGCACUGCAGCCACCUGUCCGAGCUCAGCGGCUCCGACCCCGAGAGCGCCAAGGCCCCGCCCCCCUCCUCCUCCUCGUCCUCCUCCGCCUCCUGCGGCCACGCCCGCCUCGCCGCCGUCAGCCCCCUGCCCGAGGUGGAGAACGACCGGCUGGAGAACUGCCCCUCUCUGCCCCCGCUCUCCCCCGCCGGCUCCGCCCACUGCCCGGAGACCACGCCCCUCCGCUACAUCGCCGAGGAGAGCGUCAGCCUGAUCUGCCCCUCCGAGCUGGACUCCAGCGCCGGGCCCCUACUAAAGGAGACCAACAACAACGGGCCACGGUCGCCCAGCCCUGUAAAGAACGCUUGCAUCCAGACAGAAAUCUAGUACCUUAAGUGCUGCAGACAGACUCUCACUGAUUACACUUGCCACUAACCAUCCUAAGUGUUUCAGAGUUAACGCCACACCAGUGUCUGAGGGGGGGCUCAUUUUGGGGAGGAAGCUGGUAUUUGGGGUUUGUAAUUUUUGUUUUGUUUUCCCCAGCCAGCUUUAGGUUCGUAUUUUUCCCCUGUUAAGAUUUGGAAACAGGGUAGUGUACAGUGCGCUGUAAGAGAUUGUUCUGUUGGGGGGAUUGGGAAAGGAGAGAUUUCUGAUGCUGGCCAGGAUGAAUGAGCACGUCCUCAGACUCUAUUCCCACGCGGAAAUGAGGGGUGAGACGCAGAGCCAUCCCAGGCUCUGUGAGAGACCAGCGCAGAUACAGAACUACUAGAUCAGCUCCAACCGUCGAAAGUUGAAAGAAAGACCACAUGUACAAGGGCUGGAUGGCCAUGUCUGAAUGGAGUUAUUACAAAUCAGAAGUGCCUCUGUAUGUAUUUUAGAAGCAGGUCUGAUAUAAUUAGUUUUAGAACAUCAGUGAACUGUAAUGCUUUUUUGUAUGUCCACGUAAGGGGUCCCUUUGGAUGUGAAUAGAGAGAGUGAUUCAGUAAUUCUGUAUCUGCGCUUGCAGCAGCCCACGGGUCUGUGUGGCGGUUGGGUGCUGGGUUGGAGGAACCACCUGUGCCACCUACCCACAUCCACUCAGCCUCCUCAAAUGUAUUGCACCACGACACAAGUAUUGUGAAACUAUCCAAAUACUGUUCUGUUUAAUUAUCCUUAUUGGGGACCAGGCAGUGGUGGGUUUUUUUUUUUUUUUCUUCUUUUCCCUGAUUCUGUAAAUGGCAGGCUGCCUUUGUGAAGGUGUGACUCUUCUUUCAUGUGUUCGUUUCGUUGCGGAAGAGAUGGGGUUAGCGGUCGAAACCUUAGGGCCUCUGAGUGGGGAGGGGGAAGGCGUUGGGUAGCGUCAGGGUCGCUACCGGGCAGAGCAGGACUGUCGCACACCCCCUGCUCGUUCCGGAAGGACACGGCUCGCGUUCCGGUAGCCUGAUGAACAAGGGCAGCGGAGACAUCGUCAGCAGGAAUGGGGGGAUUUAGCAGAUGACCGGGGGUCGCCACAAUAGCCGCGGCCGCAGACCGCAACCGUCAGUCAAACGGCGGCACGGCGGGGCUGACGUGUUCACCUCACAGGAUAAGGUUGACUUUUAUAUCUCUGUUGACUCAUGGUGCCUUUGAACAGCUGUUUGUUUCUUUGUAUCUCCAUUCUGUGUCUUCAGAAAAAAACAAAACACAAAAAAAAAAAACACGUUUGCCGAAUGUCUUUCUGACACCAUCAGGGGAGAUGCUGAUUGGUGUUCGCAUACUGUGGUAGACAUAACAAAUACCUGACUUUUUAAAUCGCCUACCAAAGACAGCACUCAGGCUCUUGUUGAAUCUUAUUCGUGUAACCCUUAAAGAGGUCCCUCCGGUCGCGCCGGGCUCGAACCCAGCGCUCCUCGACAGGCCGAGGGAGGCGGUGCCCGAUCACCUUUGUGAAAUAUUUACGAAUGCACAGACGGCCAUUUUGAGCAUGCCUACAGUCGCCGAGCACCAGAGCCAGUCGAGGCUGGGGCUGCUGUACCAUAGGUCCCAGUUCCAAUGUUAAUGUGUCGCAGAAAGUUGCAGGGGUUACAGAAGGUAACAGAUGAUUCUUGGUCAUGGAUACAGCUGAUUGAUGCUCGUGUUGCCAUUCUGGUGCUGCUCAACGAAAGCUCUGAACUGAGAAAUGCCACAAGCUGCAGUUUUUUAUUUCCCCCUCCGUUUUUUCAUUUUUUUUUCCUUCUCCCAUUCUUGACUGUACUCUGGCAACUCUAGCCAGGUACAAUUUGA